AUGAGAGGUUUCCACUUACUAGACGGUUGGCACAAAGAACUCAAGUGCAAGACAUCAUCUUCUGACGAUUACGCGGCGUUGGCAGCGAACGAUAACGGAGUGGUGAUCAGCAUUGGCAGAGCUGUUGCUAGUAAGAUUAUUCGAUGCAACGAUAGAGGCAAAUGGGUGGCUGAUCUCAAUAAUCAGGAGGAAAUUGAAAUCGAAGAUGCCUUCUGCUUCGUAAUUCCAGCUGAUGAACAUGAAGAUUAG